AUGAUUGACGACUCUGAUAAGGCCUACAAAGAAUCGAGAAAAAGAUUGAAAUACCGUUUUGAAAAUUCCGCAAUUCUAAGUGCUGACUUUGAGAAAAGGCUCACCAAUUGGCCCAAAAUUGGGAACAAUAAUGCGAAGGGAAUACAAGAGUUCAGUGACUUCCUGCAACAAGUGGAGAUAGCGAGAGAUCACAUAAAGAGGUCUAAAGAUCUUUGACUUUUCAUCGAAACUUCAGAGUCUUGUAGAAAAACUUCCAGGCUGGUUUAAAACCAAGUGGUCAACUAAAGUUCGGAAGUUACAGCAAACAGGUGGUCACAGUGCCUUUCCGUCCUUUUCCGAGUUUGUUGAGGAAGUCAACUUUCACGCCGAGUGA